GGUGAGACACAGUGGGAGACAGAGAGACCUAUAUCAUUCCCUUUUCAGUUGUUAUUGUGAGUCUCUCUAGUUGUGUGUGCAAGAGAAACCCACAAGCCUCUGCUUCUCUCACUCUCUCUCCUCAGGAUUACAUGCAUGAAACAACUAAAAAAAUUCCUCUUACAUCACUUCUAGACAUCUCAUGUUCAUUUACACUAAUGGGUACAACUUGGUUUCUGAUUUAAGUGCCAAUUUUGCUGGGUUUACAUCAGAAAGUGCCUCUCUCUCUCUCUCUCUCAUGUCCGCAGCUCUCUCCCAAUUUUUUCUACCCUUUUUGAAACGUGAAGGGUUCAUCAGCAGCUUUAUUGAUUUGUAAAUGGCUCUGAUCACCAACUAUACUACUGGAUGAAACUAGCUACCAUCUUCUGCAGCUAAAGGGAUUGUAAAGGGAACAGAAAAUCGUUGUGAAGAUGAUGAUGAUGAUGAAACCUUUAUUCGAUGAAUGAGGAAACGCAUUACCUGAUUUCUUUCAUGUAAAAGAUCUGAUAAGGGCAUGUUCCACUGUCCUGAAGUGAUAAUUGCUCCUCAACUUCGGGAGUAAAGAAAUAAAAUCUGAAAAAUGAAGUUUAUGAAACUUGGAACGCAGCCGGAUACCUUCUACACAGAAGAGGCUACCAGGUCUGUGAUAUCUGAUGAACCUAGCGACCUUGUUGUACAGAUCAACAACGUUAGUUACCUUCUUCAUAAGUUGCAGUUUUCCCUUCUUCCAAAGUGUGGCCUUUUACAAAGACUAUGUUCAGAUUUUGAUGAAUCAAGCAAUGAAACUAUAGAGCUUCAUGACAUUCCUGGAGGAGAAGAAGCUUUUGAGCUGUGUGCCAAGUAUUGCUAUGGCAUAACAAUCAAUCUGAGUGCACAUAAUUUUGUACCAGCUUUUUGUGCAGCUAAAUUCCUUCGAAUGACUGAAGCAUUUGAGAAGGGAAAUUUAGUACUGAAACUUGAGUCCUUUCUCCAUUCGUGCAUACUCGAAGGUUGGAAGGAUUCCAUUGUCACUUUACAGACUACAUCCAAGUUAACUGAGUGGUCGGAGAACCUUGGAAUCAUCAGAAAAUGCAUUGAUUCAAUCGUCGAAAAAAUCCUCAUCGACCCUGCAAAGGUUUCUUGGUCCUACACAUAUACUAGAACAGGGUACAAAAAGUCCCAGAAAUCAAUCCCCAAGGAUUGGUGGACGGAGGACAUAUCUGACCUUGAUAUAGAUCUCUUCCGGUGUAUAAUCACAGCCAUCAGAUCAACAUAUAUACUGCCACCACAGCUUAUAGGUGAAGCCUUACACGUAUAUGCCUGCCGUUGGUUACCAGACACUACAAGGAUUAUACCUUCUGAGAAUUCAGUGUCCCAAGCUGAAGGUGUUACAGAAAAGAAUAGAAGAAUUCUUGAAUCCAUUGUGAGUAUGAUUCCAGCAGACAGAGGAUCAGUUUCGGUUGGUUUCUUGCUAAGACUUCUUAGCAUUGCAAACUACAUAGGAGCAUCCCCAGUUCUCAAGACAGAACUCAUAAAGAAAUGUAGUCUGCAAAUAGAAGAUGCGACACCUAGCGACUUAGUCUUUCCUUCACAUUCAUCUGCCUCUCAGCAUUUUUAUGAUGUUGAUCUGCUUGUGCUGGUAAUAGAGAGUUUCUUGAUUCUAUGGAGAAGACAACCACCAGAAUCUGUGGAAAACACACGGCUUGGAAGAGCAAUCAGAAAGAUUGGAAGGCUCAUUGACACUUACCUCCAAGCAGUUGCAAGGGAUAAGAACAUGCCUGUAAGAAAAGUAGUAUCACUUGCUGAAGCUUUGCCUGAUAUUUCCAGGAAAGAUCAUGAUGACCUUUACAAGGCUAUCAACAUUUAUCUGAAGGAGCAUCCUGAUCUAAGCAAGGAAGACAAGAAGCGUCUGUGCAGGAGUCUAGACUGUCAAAAGUUGUCUCCAGAAGUGCGAGCCCACGCUGUGAAGAACGAGCGGCUGCCACUCAGAACGGUUGUUCAGGUUCUCUACUUUGAACAAGAGAAAGGUUCCAGGGCAACUGAUCCAAGAAUGCUGACGCACGAGUUACUCUCCAGAGGGAAACAGAUGCAAAUAAUCAGAGACGAUCUCAACAAGCUGCGUUUAGGUGGAGAUGAGCAAUCUGUCAGAACAGUGGGAAUGGGAAGAACUCCAAUUUCUGAAAGCAGCGCAAGAGAUUAUCAAAAGAAGAAAGAGACAAGAUAAAAGGGGAAAGAUAUUAGAGAAGAAGGAAGUUUUGGAAGCAAGUUGGAUACAAAGAAAAUGUUGCAAAGCAGAAGUAGAUCAAAUCAGACCAUGGCCAUGAUAAAGAUAGGGACAGCAGAUAGCAACAUGAACAGAAAAUCAUGUCUGUCCCUUAUUUUGCACUGUUGUAAUUCUGUUCUUUCUGUAAGAAAUGUUUAAUUUUUGAAUCCAUGUCUUAGCAUGUAGAGUUUAGACCUAUUAGCAGCUUCCAAUUUUAUGUAUUUAUUUAUUUUUCA